AUGAUUUAAACUGGCUUGAAUAUUGUACUUGAAGAUUCGGCAAAGGAGACUUUAGAACAACUUAAUAAAUUCAAAGAAGGACCAUACAAUGGUAUUUUAAUCUCAGGAAGACCAGGCACUGGAAAGACAUUUUUAUGCAAAUAUUUUGCUUAAUUAAAUGAUUCUUGUCAUUUGUUUUUCAAUUGUGUAAACGAGUUUCCAAAUUUGGCAGCAUCAUAGAUGGAGGAGCUGAUAAAGCAAUAAAGAAAAAAACUGGUGUUUUUUGAUGAUUUGGAAUAUUUUAGUUUUGUUUAACAGGAGAAAUAUUAUAAAUUAAUGGAAAUUAUAAAGAUAUGUUAGGAACAGGAACAUAAAUUGAUAUUUAUCACACAAUCCCCAGAUAAACUUGAGCUAUUUCCUUAGAAAUUACCUUAUGAUCGAGCUACUGUGUUAUAAUUACCAGAAAAGAAAUUUAGAGAAUAAAUAAUAACCAAUAACUUGCCAUCAUUUAAAUUCUUAAGUGGGCUCACUGAUAGCUAUUCAGUGAGUGAUCUUAUGGUUCUAAUUCAAGACAUCUAGAUGGAACCAUUUAAAAUGAUAAUCAAUUGUCCUAGUUUCGAACUGAUAGAAGGAAAGUAUUAUCCCUCUUAAGAUGUAAAGGAUCCUAAAGUGCUACUGAGUUAUGAUGAGAAAUUAAGGUUUUUAUAGGAAGGUAAAAUACAAAUAUAGGAAUUAGAAGAGAAGGAUGUGAGAAGAAUAUUGAAUGAGAGAAAAAGAAUAUGA